AUGAAAACUGGACACGAAUCCACAAUCAGACUAAUUAAGGAAGAACGGAUUGCCCAUAUACAGUCCCUAGAGGAGCUCGCUCGAGAGGACUUGGCCAAACUGGCGGUAGACCUAGGGAAAGCGCACGAUUCCCAGGUCCGAACUCUCAAGGAGGAGCAGGCUGCACGUAUACGGUCUCUCGAGGAGCAAGCUCGAGAAGAUCGGGCACAGUUGCAGACAUCCAUGGGAGCCGGACACGAGUCCGAGAUUAGAAUCCUUAGGGAUGAACAGGUUGCUCGCUUAAACUCCCUUGAGGAGCGCGCCAGAGAGGAUCUGGCCCAGUUGCGAACAGUCCUGGGAAACGGACAUGAAUCUGAGAUAAGGAUCCUCAGGGAAGAACAGACCGCUCACAUAAAGUCCCUGGAGACCCGUGCUCGAGAGGACGUGGCAAAGUUGCAGAUCACUCUUGAGAAGGAGCGAUCUGAACACGCCAAUAGAUUGGAUGUCCAGAAGGCACACUAUGAGGGUCUGUUGGAACAGAGGAGACUGGAAUCUCAGGAAGAGUUGAGUGAGUCCCAAAGGAUUGCUGACGAUGAGAUCCAGCAACUUAGGACUGACCGAGUCAAUUUAGUCAUGGACAAAAAGGCUCUCUCCGACCAGGUCCAUGAGACCAAGCUUUUGUGUAAAGCCGCACAGGAGAAAGCCGCCCAAGCCGAGACUGCUCUGACUACGGUCACUGAGGAGCUCAGAAAGGCACAGUCCACUGCGGACUACCUCUUAAAUCGCAAACGCGAACCUACCGGUGAGGUUAGCCCGACUCCUAGCUCGAAACCCGCACUCCGGAAAAAGGAGCCCGAUACGCCCAGAGAUAGAGGCAGGAUUUCCCAUACGGAGAGCCCUGCCAGGCAUCCUGAUGGCUCUACUGAGCAGGAUGACCUGGACCUCUACCGGGACCCGGCUUCGCAGUCGGAGGACGACUCGGACUCAACGGAGCCCAUUCCGGUUAAUCCGGUGAGCGUCACUAAUCAAACGGUGACCAUAAACAACAACAGGCCACGCACGAAAACUGUCGUGGAGAAUCGCCCUUGGCGACAGGAGGAGUGCAAAGCCGUUGCUGAAGAGCUCGGUCCAUUGACCGAGAAGAACUUUGUGCAGUGGGCCACCACCGCUACCACCUCUUAUGCGGGGUUGGAAGGUGAGGAUCUCACCAUGUUGGCUCGUAAGUGUGCCACUGGAACUGCCCUUGCUGACAUUAAUUCAGCAAUAUCUUCCGGCAACUUGGUUCGAGCCACAGGAGAGGCAUGGAUCACGCAGGUGAUCACCUAUCUGAAUCCUGAGUAUUGUCUGACCGAAAUCUUUCACAAUGAAAAGCAAGGUCCCUAUGACGAUCCAGAGGUCUAUUUGGCUAGGAAGCAACUGCUAGCGAGGGUAUCUGGGAUAGUGAACGGCGCCGUCGCCCCCGUUAACUACAAUGUGCCCGCCUUCAGAGAAGCGCUAGUGAAAGGACUUAACCAACAGGCCAAACAGUAUCUUCAGCUGGACGAUCCACAGAGAGGUACAUGGGCAGAGUUACGGAACCGUAUUAGGAGAGUCUCUAUCGCCAUGAGAGGUGCUGGUGCGCUAAAGCCCCCCAAGAGUCAUAGGAAGCAAAUAAAGGACGAAGAUCCCUCCAUUCUGGAGGUGACAUACGCUAAUCACGGCGCUCAGUCUUCGGCCAACGCCUCCCAUGACCAUUCCACGGGGAAGGCGGCCCAAUACAAUCAAGCAGGAAGGAAACCCAAAGGACGCACCUUUGGAAAGGGGAAGGCACAGGCCGGCCAGGGACCAGGGAGAACGCAAUCCAGUGCGGAAAACCCCACCUCGCAAGCGCCCGCCUACGCUCCACCUCCUUUGCCACCUCCCUCCUACCAUCAAUCGCAGCCUAUGCUUCACGCGCAGCCUCCGCCGCAACCCCAUCCCGUCCACCACCAACAGCAGCAUCUGGCA